AUGAGUUAUAGUAAUCAAUAUUUAGCAUCACCACAAUUACAACAAUCGUCACCUAAAAAUCGCUCUUUACCUCCUCCUCCUUCCGGUCCUCCUUAUCAGCCGACUAAUGUUAAUAUACAGCUUAGUAGUUCUGUUCCUACUAAUAGCAUAAUGUCUUCUGACGUGGUUAAUCCGUUCGAAAAGUCUCAAAAUUUCAGUCAACUACAAAUAGAAAAUCAACGUCUUCGUGACGAAAAUGAACGUCUUAAAGAACAGGUUAAUUUGUUGUCUCUUCGUGGAGCCGGUGGCAGUAAUGACUUUAAUAUAAUAAAUUCAGUUCAACUUGUUACAAAUAUCGCAAAUCUUCGAGACAUGCUAAACGAAUUCACAAAUUUGAAAUUGGGCAAUGAACUUCAAAUUAAUCAAUCGGCCGCAUUUACAUUAUUCCAAAAAUAUAAUUGUAAAAGAAGUAUCGAGUUUACGAAACUCUAUCAUCAUGAAAAUACUGAGAUCUUCAAUUCGAAUUACUCGUUGGGUAAUGGGUUGGACUUCAGACAGAUCUUGAAAUUCGCUCUUCAACGUCUCACCAUUGAAACGAUACUUAUUAAAUUGGCUAAUCACAUAGAAUCAGUACUUUCACGAAAAAUUACUCCAGCAUCUCACAAUGAAACUCUCGAGGCAAAUCUAAUCAAAAUAUCAAACGACUUUAUAGAAUAUGCAUAUGAUUUCGGCAAGUCUCGGUCUGGAACAGACGAACUGACCAAAACUCUCCCAGUGAAAAUUCGUCAACAGGCAGCUACCAUAUUAGGUACUCGAGCAUUUCACACAUCUCAUCCGUUUAUCACGCAAUUGUCAAGAGAAUUACUCGAGACGAUGAAUCAGUAUCGUAAAAUUUCUAAUCAACAAAAACUCCACGAAAUUCAGCAAAUGAUACCACAACUUAUUCGUGAGGUUAUUCGUGUAUUGGUCUUUAAUUUGAGAGCGCACGACCCGUCUCCAGAUGUGAAAUUUUUCGAAGCUGGUGAAUCAGUGGAUUUGGAGCAGAUGGAAGGUGCAUUUGAACCUAGUGAAAGCUUGAAUUAUGAGGUCGAAAUUUGUGCUUUCCCUAUUAUCGGAACCGAUUUAAACACUCGUAAUCGUAAAUUAUUCAAAAAAGCUCAAGUUUAUGUCGUCGAAAAAAUUAGGGCAAAGGGUGUUAUAACUACACUUGCCAGCAAAUCAGACUGA